CAAAAACGUUAUUUUUGCAUAAAAUGCAUCUUAAACGAUGAAACUUUAAUAUUUCGCGAAAACAGCCAUUGUUUUAUGACUAUAAACACCCGUAAACGCACACACGUUAGUUUUGUUUUGUACCGUUUUUGUAACUGAGUUCCGCGAAAAAGUACCAUAUUGUCAGUUGUCAGCAGUCAUUCGGCACAAGCACACGCUUUUUUUGUGUAAAACUACCACAUUCCAAACAACUGCUAAAAGACGCGUGAAAUCAUAUAUUUAAAAGUGCCACAUUCAAAAAUAAUUACCUUUUGCAGAUCACAUACACCAUGACAUCAAGAGCGUACCGUAUUUUGAACUUGGUACCACCUGAGGAAUAUGAUGCUGAUGAGAUAGAAGAUAGCAAAUCAUCCGUACCAGAUAGUCAAUUUGAUUUAGAUAUUCUCAACUCUGAUGAAGAAAACGAAGAUAUUCCAGAAACGCCAUCAAAACACAGAACAUUCAAUAAACCAUCUUUAGUCAUCCCAGAAACAGACUCAGACAGUAACUCUUCAUCUGAUGAAUCUUCUAGCUCUUCGAGCAGUUCUAGUUCUUCAAGUAGCUCCAGUUCUACAAAUAGCCAUAAUGAUUUCUCAUCCGAUGAUAGUGUCAAAGAUCCUACGUAUGAAGAUCCAUUUAUUAAAAAACGCAAAACCCAGUCAGAUUCCGAAGAAGAGCAACAACCACAAGCGCAGUUACCUGGCAUUCAAGAUUUUCCACAAUCAUCAGCCGUAGAUAACCAGGAGUUAUUCAAAAUUAAUUCACCAUUACCUAGAGUUGAUGACCAGCCAUCUAGCGUUGACGAGCACCCAUCUAGCGUAGACGAACAGUCUCCUAGUGUUGUUGCUGUGGGCAACAAAAUAACAAAUUCAUGCUUGCAAUACCAGUAUAUCACUCUGAUUAAAACAGCGAAGAAAACUGGAAAGCCUUAUACUGUUACUGUAAGAACUGACACAUGA